AUGAGUUACCUAUUAAAGGCACGCGCGGCGAAUGGAGAAAAUUCAGAUGGUCUCUUGAAAAAAUAGUUGUGUUAAAUAUUGGUAAAAUGAAGCUUACAGACAACGUUGUUCGUAAUUACAGAGUAGCAAAAAUAUUCAGAGAAAACACAGACCGUAUAAACAGAAUAGAUUUUUCGUCAGAUGGCAACACUCUCAUCUCAAGCAGUGACGACGAUUCGAUCGUAAUCUAUGAUUGUCAAAAUGGAACGCCAAAGAAAACUCUAAACAGUAAGAAGUAUGGAGUUGAUUUAAUUUGUUACACACAUGCAGUUAACACAGCCUUGCAUGGUUCUACAAAAGUAGAUGAUACAAUCAGAUAUCUCUCACUCCAUGACAACAAGUACAUUAGGUAUUUCCCAGGACACACCAAAAAAGUUGUGUCCCUGAACAUGUCCCCUAUCAACGAUUCCUUUCUGUCUGGUUCGCUGGAUAAGACCAUCAGGUUAUGGGAUCUGAGAUCACAGAAUUGUCAGGGACUGAUGCAUCUACCUGGUAGACCUGUGGCAGCAUUUGAUCCAGAGGGUCUCAUUUUUGCAGCAGGAAUAAACUCAGAGUGUGUCAAACUGUACGACCUCAGAUCAUUUGACAGGGGUCCAUUUACGACCUUUAAAUUAACCCAGGACAAAGACUGUGAUUGGACGGGAAUGAAGUUUAGUCCUGACGGAAAAUUAAUUCUGAUCUCCACUAACGGACAAAUCUUACGACUGAUCGAUGCCUUCCAGGGGACACCACUCCAGACAUUUAUGGGUUUUCAGAACAAUAAAGGUAUUCCUUUGGAGGCUUCCUUUAGUCCCGACUCCAGAUUUGCAUUCUGUGGUUCAACUGAUGGACGAAUUCACUGCUGGAACACAGAGACCGGGGUCAAGGUCGCUGUGAUGAAUGCUGACCAUCCUGGACCAAUCCAAUGCCUACAGUUCAACCCCAAAUACAUGAUGCUGGCAUCAGCCUGCACUAAUAUGUGAAUGAGGUUUAAAAUAAUGACAGAAAUUUUGUUCAAGGUCAUUAUUAUCGGUGACCCCACGGUUGGUAAAACGUCAUUCGUCCAGAGAUAUGUAAAUGAUGCAUACAGACGGGACUAUAAAAUGACCAUUGGAGUUGAUUUUGCUCUAAAGGUUGUGAAGUGGUCAGAUACUCAGACCAUAAAGCUUCAGCUCUGGGAUAUUGCAGGUCAGGAACGUUUUACGUCCAUGACCCGGGUCUACUAUAAAGACGCCCAUGCCUGUAUUAUUAUGUUUGAUCUGACCCAGCAGUCCACCUUCCAGAAUGCUGUAAAAUGGAAGAAAGACCUUGACACGAAGUGUUCCCUAGCUGACGGGUCACCUAUACCCUGUUUACUCCUGGCCAAUAAGUGUGACUUGAGCCAUCGAGAAGUCCAACAGAAUGAGAUUGAGGACAUGUGUAAGGAGCACGACUUUGUUGGCUGGACAGAAACCUCCGUUAAAGAAGGACUCAUGAUUGAUGAGUCAAUGAGAUUCUUGAUUGAGGAGAUGAUGACAAAACAUGCCGAGUUGGAUGGGUUUUCUAAUUCCAUGGCGAGAUCUGUGGUCCCUGGUAGUACUAUACAUCUCCGCUCUCAACGGUCCGAGGUCAAAGAGUCGUCCACUUGUUCCUGUUAACGUCGCGUUAAGGGCCCAUAAUUUUUCGUUUUCCAACUACCUGUUCCAAUGAUCCAGACUAAAGUUGACAAACUGAAGUGCUUGAAGCCCAACAGGCUUGGACUAGGAUACUUAGUGUUGUGUUUUAAUACAGCUUAUAAAAAAUCUUUUUAAAUUUUUAUCUUAAAUAUUUCAGUAUGCAUAUAUGCUCAUUUUUUAUAUUCAUAUAUUUAAAAGACUUACGAAUGAAUUCCAAAUAAUUUUUAUUUUCAGCUGUUAAAGAUAAAGUUUUAGUACGGUAUUAAGUAAAGAUGGCUCUCUUUUAAAUUUAUUGUCACAAGUUUGAAAUGGUUGUUUUGUUUUUUUUGUAUAUUUUUACUUUCACAGUUUUGCUAGAAACUGCAGUAUGAUUCCAUGCAUUCUUAUAGACAAAAUAGAUUUAUCUGUGAUAAGUAUAUUUACAUUAUGCGAAUUAUUAAAAUAUCACCUUUUAGUUUAAAGAUUAAGAAAAGUGCCUCUGUGAAAGUUUUGAAACAAAUAUUGAUGUUUAAUACAAAAAAUGCAUUGUAAUUGCAAUCAGUGUAAUUUUCUUUUAAUUUGUUGAUGAGUUGAAUUCUAUUUUCUUUUUCAACAGGGUCAGCAGCAUAAUUUUUACUGUGAAAUCAUUGUUUGUGGGGGACCAAUGUUCAGUGAUUUCGUUGGACAUUGUAGAUGUACUUAAAACAACAGAGUUUCUUUACUUUUACUCUUUUGAGGUAGACAACAGUGUACUUUUUGCACAAUACCCUUUUAGAAUCAUUUUUGAAUACAAUACACAGCAUGAAUAUAUGUAGCACUAAUU